AAAAGACUCAUUCUAGAUCAGUAAGGUGCCAUCUUAGUGGCAGGCAACUGAAAGGUAACUCAAAUUAUAUAACUUUGUUGUGUCCAUUAUGAUAGAUUGUGUUGUCUAAGUGUUUGUUCCUUAAAGAAAAGGGAUAUUUAAUAACUUGCAGUGCUAGGUUAAAUAAUACAGAAAAUGAAUACAUUUUCAGUUCAGAACAGUCUCCUGAAUAAUGUACUUUUUAAAAAGUGAAAUGUGAUAGCAAAUAGCUGAACAGUUUGGGGUGUGGGGAUGGAAACAAGUUUCAUAUGCUCUGUAAUUACUGAAAGGGUUUUUUAAACAAGAAGUUAAAAUGAGCUUUCCCAUGCAGGUGUGCUGGUUUCUGGCUCCUCUAAGAAGAUAAUUUCUAAAUUUUACAGUUUUGAGCUACUUGAGGUUUGCAUUCAUCGGGUUAGAUCGUGCAGCAGCAUUCGCUUUAUAAAAUCAAAAUAUGUGUGCGUGUUUGACAAAUCUGCCCUCAAGUUUAGUCAUCAACAGCGAUUAUUCAGAACAUCUCCUGUUUCAUGUGGCCAAAUUGUCCAGUUUAAGCUUUCUGACAUUGGAGAAGGAAUUACAGAGGUGACUGUAAAAGAAUGGUACAUAAAGGAAGGUGACAGUGUGUCUCAGUUCGACAGCAUCUGUGAGGUACAGAGUGAUAAAGCCUCUGUUACUAUCACUAGUCGUUACGAUGGCGUCAUCAGGAAACUCCAUUACAGCAUAGAUGAUAUUGCUUUUGUUGGAAAACCACUAGUGGACAUUGAAAUUGAUGCUUCAAAAGGUGUUGCUUCAGAAGAAGAUGUUGUUGAAACACCUCCUAUGUCUCAUGAAGAGCACACUCACCAAGAGAUAAAAGGUCACAAAACAUUAGCAACCCCUGCAGUUCGUCGCCUGGCCAUGGAGAAUAAUAUUAAAUUGAGUGAAGUUGUUGGGACAGGGAAGGAUAACAGGAUCCUUAAAGAAGAUAUACUCAACUACUUGGCCAAACAAACAGGAGCUAUUUUGCCUCCGAAGGCUGAAAUUGUCUCACCUCUGCGGAAAACAGAGGCUGUGCCAGCUGCUCCAAAGGACAAAGCACGCAGAGUCCCUGUGCCUGUUUCCAGACCCAUUGCGUUUUCAGGAAAAGAUAAAACUGAACCUGUAACAGGUUUUCAGAAGGCCAUGGUAAAGACAAUGAGUGCAGCCCUGAAGAUUCCCCACUUUGGUUAUUCUGAUGAGGUUGAUUUGACUCAACUUGUUCAGCUGCGAGAAGAGCUGAAACCUCUUGCUGAAACCCGGGGAGUUAAGCUUUCCUUCAUGCCUUUCUUCAUAAAGGCAGCCUCUCUGGGAUUGCUGCAGUAUCCCAUUCUUAAUGCUUCUUUGGAUGAGAGCUGUCAGAAUGUCACAUAUAAGGCCUCACACAACAUUGGAGUUGCAAUGGACACAGAGCAAGGUUUAAUCGUCCCAAACGUGAAAAAUGUUCAAGUCUGCAGCGUGUUCGACAUUGCUGUGGAAUUAAAUCGCCUCCAGUCCUUAGGCUCUGCAGGCCAGCUGGGAACAAGUGACCUCACUGGGGGAACAUUCACCCUUUCAAAUAUUGGCACAAUUGGUGGCACUUAUGCCAAACCAGUGAUACUACCUCCUGAAGUAGCUAUUGGAGCACUUGGAAAGAUACAGGUUCUUCCUCGGUUUAAUGGCAAAGGUGAAGUAUUUAAAGCACAAAUAAUGAAUGUCAGUUGGUCAGCUGAUCAUCGCAUCAUUGAUGGAGCUACAAUGGCCCGGUUUUCUAACUUGUGGAAAUCUUACUUGGAGAACCCUGCUUCCAUGCUGCUGGACCUUAAAUAAAGGAAGCCAUGGCUAGAAUAUGCCUUUAAACUCUGUGGAUUAGACUGAAUAGUCAUAAAAGCUGUCUCUGCUAACAUGUGCCCUUUGCUACGUGCAGUAUAAAAUAAUGUUAUGUGGUUGAAAGUUCUCAACAGCGGAUAUCAGUCUCAAUUACUUGUUACUUCUUUCAUUUAGUAUUGCUGUAGUUUCUUCUACAGCAGUCUGUCAAACUGAAUAGGUCACAUUUUCUGAAUGUGGUGGUGGAAUGUCUUUAUUUUGCCUUUUAUAAUAAGAAUGAUUGUCAGGCUGGUGUGACUGAGUGCUGCUGCUCUACACCUGCAGUAUUGAUAAUCUGAAGAGAAAUUUUGGAGGGGAAUACUCAUAGUUCUUCCAUUUUGGACACGUAAAUUUAUUUUAACAAAUAAUACCUGAAUUCCUAAAAGGGAUUAUGCAAAAAUCGUAUCCAAAUAAAAUGCCUUUAAUGCUUCUGCUGUAA